AUGGGAAGCCAACUGGAUGGUACUUAUCCGAAGUUAGCUGCUCAUCCUUAUUAUGAAUUAGAACCUUAUGUUAUCAUUGAUUGGGCUAGUCCUAAGGGUGCUUUACCACCCUUAGAUCCUUCUUCAAUCAACCAGUAUAAAGGCGAUCCUAUUUGUGCUCGAUUUAUUGAGAAUGACAAGGCAAAACAAGACGGUCGAUAUUAUCAUCAAAUUCGUGGUGGUGCUAUGGGUUCGCCAUUAUAA